AUGUCGAUGUCGUUUUUUGAAUGCGUGAUGAGACCAAAACUAAAACUAUUCAUUUUAAUAAGUUUAGCAGUACCAAUUGUCGUGUCGUCUUCGAAUCUUUCAUUUGAUACUACAAACUCAAAUACUACAAUUAACGAUAGGGCGGUUGACAUCAUUAAAGGUAACCGUCCUUUAAGACCAGGAACAAAACGGCAGUCCAGUUUAAAAAAACAAAGUCGACUGCUCUCGCUAUUCACAAUCGUCAAAUUUGACAACGAACCAUGUUACUCGUCAUCCGGAGACAGUGGUAUCUGCAUGACAUCUACUGAAUGCUAUCAACACCGAGGAGUGCCCAUUGGAUCAUGCGCUAAUUCGUAUGGCGUUUGCUGUCUGUCUUUAUCUACAUGUGGCCAGACCAUCCGAGAAAACGGCACAUAUUUUGUGAAUGCAGGAUAUCCAGAAGGCUUAAAUAAUACAGGGACGUGUCAAGUAACCAUACACAAGUUAUCUCCGUAUAUUUGUCAGUUCAGAUUGGAUUUUGAACGUUUUUCUAUUACGGGGCCCGAGCCAGUCAACCACCAAUGCGACAAUGACCAGUUCAUCGUUUCUGGUUCGAAUCCCGUACCUGUUAUCUGCGGAUUGAACACCGGUAGCCAUAUGUACGUGGAUGCUGGCACGGGGACAAGUCCAAUUAUAUUAACAAUGGUUACAAGUGGCAUAUUUUUAAAAAGAAACUGGAAGAUAAAAGUUAGCCAGAUACCUUGCGACUCUAUUACAAAAGCCGACACUGGUUGCUUGCAAUAUUACACCGGAGUAUCGGGUACGCUGAAGUCGUUCAAUUACGAACCCUCAUCAGGCCUUCAUUUGUCGAAUCAGGAUUAUACAAUAUGUUUGAGAACGGAGCGAAAUUUCUGUUCCGUACAGUAUUCAGCCUGCGACGAUCAAAUGAACAACAGAAGCCACGCGUUCACAUUGACGGGAAAUACGUUGGGUCAAAAUCCGGUUCAAGCGAAUGUGGGUAGCGUUGGAUCAAGUCCGUGUAAUUCUGAUUACCUAAUUAUACCAUGCGUUUCAAGUAAACAAGGGCCUGUGGCGUCUGGCAUGAAUACUUGCGUGGACAGACUAUGUGGUGGCACUUUAAACACAGAUUACAGUACAAUGCCAACGACCGUUAUGAGUAGUGUCCGACCUUUUCGGUUAUCUUUUCACACAAAUGCUGUGGAAAUGCCAAAUGACAUGGGUAAUCGUGGUUUUUGUUUAAACUAUAUUCAACAACCUUGCAACGCUAAUUAUGCUUAA